AUGAAUAGUAUGCAUCAUACUUAUGGUUGCUCAAAAACAUUAAUCGUACAACGUCUAACAACUCUUCAACGGCAACUUCAAGAAGCAUCACAAGCAUUACAAGAGUUUGGAAAUCCACCAUUACCUCAAUGUCUAUCUGAAAUGAAACCUUCAUUAGAUUUUACAACAAUGUCAGCAAUGGUUACAGUUGUUGUCGGACAAGGUGAACAUAAAUUAAAGCAACAAUUUGAAUAUAAUAAAAAAAUGUUAAAAUUAGACUCAACAGAUCAUCGUUUAGUACAAUAUGUUUAUGAUUUGAAACCUAAUAAACAACAAAUUCGGUCUAUUCGUAAUAUAUGA